CGUGAGGCGGCCCGUCCGCGCCGUGAGAGCAGCGCCGGGGCAGCGCCGGAGCGGCGGGCAUGGCGGCACGCAGGGUGCUGGUGUACGGCGGCAGAGGGGCGCUGGGCUCCCAGUGCGUGCGGUACUUCAAGUCCAAGAACUGGUGGGUGGCCAGCAUCGACCUGGCGGAGAACGCGGAUGCCAGCGCCAACGUGGUGGUGAGAGCGACCGACUCCUUCCCCGAGCAGGCCGAGCAGGUGACAGCAGAAGUUGGGAAACUUCUUGGUGAAGAAAAGGUGGAUGCAAUCCUGUGUGUGGCAGGAGGAUGGGCUGGAGGCAGUGCCAAAGCCAAGUCUUUAUACAAAAACUGUGAUCUGAUGUGGAAGCAGAGUGUUUGGACAUCCACUAUUUCCAGCCACCUUGCCACAAAACAUCUGAAAGAAGGUGGCCUCUUGACUCUGACAGGAGCUCAAGCUGCUUUGUCUGGAACUCCAGGGAUGAUUGCCUAUGGCAUGGCCAAAGGAGCAGUGCAUCAGCUUUGUCAGAGUUUGGCUGGUGCCAGCAGUGGGCUGCCAUCUGGCUCUGCUGCAGUUGCCAUUUUACCGGUUACCUUAGAUACACCAGCAAACAGGAAAUCAAUGCCUGAUGCAGAUUUCAGCUCCUGGACACCCUUAGAAUUCAUUGCAGAAACCUUUUAUGACUGGAUAACAGGAAAGGAUCGACCCAGCUCUGGCAGUCUGAUCCAGGUGAUAACUACAGGUGGGAAGACUGAACUAGUUUCAGCAGCACAUCUUUGAUUUCAGUCACUUGAAGUGAUAAAACUUCAACACAGGAGAAGAUGUGGAAAAUCUGUCCACCAGUAUAAUUUGAAUGGUCUUCUGUAUCCAGUGUUUGUAGUUAUUCCAUCAACGGAACCAGAUUUCAAGUAAUGUUUGUGCUGUCAGUUGUGAGCUAUCAGCAUUUGUUUACCAAAUAAUACCAACUUGUCUCUAAAUGAAGGUUGCAGGCUUUAAAGUCUGUAGAUGUCCUAAUUCUGAGCAUUGUAUGGCAAUUUACCUGUUUUCUCUGAAAUGGGAAUUGUGCUUAGCUGUGUCAUGUAAUUGCAUACAUAAUGGUUGGAUUUUUUUCUCUGUCAGUAAGUGUUUCUGGCGAUUUGCUGUGGAUCUUUCAGCUUUCUGUCUUUUUCUGUCUGAGAAUAUAACCCCACCCCUGCCUAUUGUGUUGGCUGUAGCCAUAGGGAGCACCACAGUCAUGUAUCAUGUCGUAGUCGUGUGACACUUUUCUUGUGAAUGUUCCACUUGAGUUAAUGAAACUCAGAUUACUCACUUGAGGAGGAGUUCCUAAUUUGCCUUACAGUUCAUAAGCUGCUCUCAGGCCUACAGUUGUAGGAUAAAAGUCAUUCUGUCAAAUGAAUAGUGUGUCUUUCUCUUGGUCAUGAUUGUUCUUGACUUUUUCUAAAAGCAAAGUGCUGUAAAGUAGUAGAAAAAGCAUACAUGCACUUGAAAAUGGAACUUUUUGUGCAAAUAAAUAUAUAUUGUUUUAUGU